AUGUCAUCAAAUAAUAAACCAAAUUUAGAAGCAGUUAUUAAAGGUAUUCAAACUAAUAAAAUAUUAGAAGUAUUUGAUAAAUAUUAUCAUCAAGAUAUAAUUAUGUAUGAAAAGGGUGAUUCAACUAACCGUGUUGGUAAAGCUGCAAAUCGUAAAGCUGAAGAAUCUUUUGUUAAUAAUGCAACAAUCCAUGAAGCAAAAUUAUUAAAACUACUAGUUGAUGCUAAUAAUACAGCAUAUGAAAUGUAUAUGGAUUUUACAUAUGGUGGACAUCGUAUUAAAAAGAGCCAAUGGGCCGUUCAACAAUGUUCAAAUGUUUUAAUUAUCAAAGAGGAAUUUUAUUAA